AUGGCUGACUCUCAGCGUCGUCCCCGUGUCUUCUUUGACAUUCAAAUUGGCAACGAAAAAACUGGCCGUAUUGCCCUGGAAUUGGUACUCGUACCAAAGACUGCAGAGAACUUCCGUGCUCUCUGUACCGGAGAGAAGGGCAUGGGAAAGCAGGGCAAGCCAUUGCAUUUUAAGGGUUCGAUCUUCCACCGUGUGAUCAAGCAAUUCAUGAUCCAGGGUGGUGACUUCACUGCAUUCAACGGCACUGGCGGCGAAUCGAUUUACGGCGAGAAAUUCCCCGACGAGAAUUUUGAGCUCAAGCAUGACAAACCUUUCCUCCUCUCUAUGGCCAACUCUGGCCCCGGCACCAACGGAAGUCAGUUCUUCAUCACUACCGUCCCCACCCCUCACCUGGAUGGCAAGCACGUUGUUUUUGGAGAAGUAAUCAACGGAAAGAGUGUCGUCCGCAAGGUCGAGAACAUGAACACCCAGGCAGACAAGCCCGUCAAGGACGUCACUAUUGUCGAGUGUGGUGAGCUCACGGGCCAGGACUACGAUGAUGCUGAUAAGCAAACCCCUGAUGCUACCGGCGACCCCUACGAGGAUUUCCCCGAUGAUCACCAAGGCGAGGAGCUUAAUGCCCAAGUCUGCUUCAAGAUUGCGUCGGAACUGAAGAACUUUGGAAACGCUGCUUUCAAGAGCGGCAACCUUGCGCUUGGUCUGGAGAAGUACCAGAAAGGCCUGCGCUACUUGCACGAGUUCCCCGAGCCUGAUGAGAAUGACCCCAAAGAGCUUGAUGGUCAGAUCAAGGCCCUUCGGUUUGCCCUGCACUCCAACUCUUCCCUUCUGGCCAACAAACUGGCACAGUACGGAAACGGUCGGUCCUGGGCUACCUACGCCUUGGACACCGCCAACGCCGCCAAUGCGAAGGAUGCCGACAAGGCCAAGGCCUACUACCGCCGUGCCGUGGCCUCCAGCGGUCUGAAGGAAGAGGACGAGGCCCUGAAGGACCUCCAGGAAGCCGAGAAGCUGGCCCCCGGCGACGCCGGCAUCACCAACGAAAUUGCCAAGGUCAAGAAGGCCAUCAAGGACCGUCAGGCCAAGGAACGCGCCACUGCGCAGAAGUUCUUCUCAUAA